GCUUGUUUAGAUUUUGUUACGACUAUUUAAUAUCAUCGGACUCUCAAUUAUGGCCACUAAAAGUUCUGUAACAUCCAAAACGUAGUCGUAGUCCACCUAAUUGCAAGGCCAUACUAGAAGGUAGACUGGUCGAAGCAAUACCGUGAAUUAGCAGAAAAAAACGACGGCGAAGGGCAACGUCGGCGAGUAAUCGAAGCAAAUUGGAGAGACAGAGUACUGAAGGAAGGAUGGGUUCGGCAGCAGCAGCCAUGGAUGGUCACAAGGUGUUCGUCUACGGCAGCCUCAUGGCCGAUGAAGUUGUUCACGUCCUGCUGAACCGCGUCCCUCAAUCCUCAGCCGCCAGCCUCAAUAACUAUCACAGGUUCAGCAUCAAAGGGCGGGUUUAUCCGGCAAUUCUACCAAUCGAGAACAAGAGCGUUUCUGGUAGAGUCCUGUUUGGGCUCACCCAUCCUGAGCUUGAAAUCCUCGAUACGUUCGAGGAUGUUGAGUACGAGCGUCACACUGUUGAAGUUUCACUCCCGGUGGAGCAGAAGCUACAAGUGAAUGCCUAUGUCUGGGUUGAUAAAGAUGAUCCUGACUUGUAUGGGGAGUGGGAUUUUGAGGAGUGGAAGAAAUCACACAUGAGUGAUUUUGUGAAGAUGACGGCAGAAUUCAUGGAAGAAAUCCAGCAGCCUGAUUCUAAAACCAGAGUGGCUACCUAUGAAUCUUUCUACAAUGCAGCAGAUGGUGGCACCAACACUGCUUCUAACUAGCUUCGUUGGAUGAAUGAACAUCGAUCCCGCCAUUGCGAGAUCAAUCUAGUUAAAUAAUCAGUUUCCAAUUUCGAAACAUCGUUUGUUGAUUGGGUUCAACUACUUGGUUGUUCGGCAAUCAGACAGUCUACGAUGUUUAGAUAGAUGUAAAGUGUGUGUUGAAGGUUUGAAGCCCUCAUGAAAAGAUAUUGUAUUGAAUGUCCAGAAUGUAGUGGUGUUAUGAGUGGCUUGAUCUUCAAAAGCAUGCAAUUGCAUGUGCUGCAUAUUUAAUUUCCCUUUGAUUAAAUCAAGCUUGGAGUUCAAUAAGAUGUUUGAAUAAAAUUGAAGGUAAAAAUGGAAGAGAAAGUCUGCACAUUUGUGGUUAAAAUGAUGCUUGAGGCU